CACAAACACUCUCCUCCUCCUCCUCCCUCCUCCUUCCACCUUUCCGAACGGUCAGUCUUUUCAUCUUCCUCUUCCUUGUUUUUCAGUUUGGCUGCCGAGAAAAGGACGAGAAAGUGUUCAAUUUUCGCAAAUUUUGAUAUUCAUAAUUCAAGAAUCGUAUCUCUUGGAGAUGGGUUUCAAUGCUGUUUUUGGUUGCUUAAAGGAAGUUUUUCCACAGGUUGAUUUUCGCAUUCUGAAGGCUAUUGCUAUUGAACAUCCCUUCGAUGCCGAUGCAGCUGUGCUUGAUGUUAUUAAUGAGUUCCCUAACUUGGCUACACAGUCAUUUUCGUCGGCUUUCAGUCCCACUCAGGUUCAGAGUCCCGAGGCUCUCCCAGUUACAGCUCAACACAAGGAUAAGGGUAAAUUAUUGAUGCACCAGCAGGUAAUUAAGGAACCCGAGUUUGAACCUCUUCCAGAACCAGAAAAGGCAGCUGUUGAUGAUGACAGCAAAAAUGAUCAUACAAGUGGCAUCUCUCAUGACAAUCCCACACUACUAGGGCAAGUGAACUCAUUUCCAAAUGGUCCUGUUCCAUCAGAAGCUGAUAUAAGUACUGGAAGUGAAGAAGUGAUUUCUGAUGGAAAGGGUAUGAAUUUUGAUGUCCAAGUUGGGCUGCAGCAGUCUGCAUCUGGCAUUACGACUCUUUCAAUGCCUGGAAAGGAUGUGAUGACAGCUGUUGAUGAUGACAGCAAAAAUGAUCAUACACAUGGCAUCUCUCAUGACAAUCCCACACUGCUAGAGCAAGUGAACUCAUUUCCAAAUGGUCCUGUUCCAUCAGAUGCUGAUAUACGUACUGGAAGUGAAAAAGUGAUUUCUGAUGGAAAGGUUAUGAAUUUUGAUGUCCAAGUUGGGCUGCAGCAGUCUGCAUCUGGCAUUACGACUCUUUCGAUGCCUGGAAAGGAUGCGACGACAGCUGUUGAUGAUGACAACAAAAAUGAUCAUACAAAUGGCAUCUCUCAUGACAAUCCCACACUGCUAGAGCAAGUGAACUCAUUUCCAAAUGGUCCUGUUCCAUCAGAUGCUGAUAUAAGUACUGGAAGUGAAGAAGUGAUUUCUGAUGGAAAGGGUAUGAAUUUUGAUGUCCAAGUUGGGCUGCAGCAGUCUGCAUCUGGCAUUACGACCCUUUCAAUGCCUGGAAAGGAUGUGAUGAAUGGCACCUUGGUUGAUGCAUUUCCUGAAUGGAAAAGUUUUUAUCUCCCUUUGAAUUGUGAUUCUGAUUUGGCUCUCCAUGACACACGUGAUCAAGUGGAACCGUUUGCAGUUGAUUCUUCUUUCGUAGAACAUUCACUAGAUGCUUCUCAGUGUGACGUUCCUUGUUCAGACCCUCUUCUUGCUGAUGACAACUUACGGGCAACUGAUCCUUCAGAUCAUACUUCUGAGAAAGAAUGUUCUCCACGGGAAAUGGUUGAUAUUGAGGAGAACACCACAGACAGCGUAUGCAAUACUGAUGUUCUUGAAGAGAUCAUUGAAAAUGCUAAAAAUAACAAGAAAACCCUGUUUUCAGCCAUGGAGUCAGUCAUCAGCAUGAUGAGAGAAGUGGAAGUACAGGAGAAAGAAGUGGACAUUGUUCAAAAGGAAGCUUCUAGGGGAGGUUUGGAUAUAAUGGUCAAGGUGGAGGAACUUAAACAGAUGUUGGCACAUGCAAAAGAUGGAAAUGACAUGCAUGCUGGAGAAGUCUACGGGGAGAAAGCAAUUUUAGCAACUGAAGCGAGGGAGCUUCAGUCUCGAUUGCUCAACUUAUCGGAUGAGAGAGAUAAAUCACUUGCGGUUCUUAAUGAGAUGCGAGAAACCCUUGAGGAACGGCUGGAUGCGGCAGCAGAGGCAAGGAGACUGGCUGAGCAGGACAAGCUGGAAAAGGAAGAGUGUGCCCGGAAAGCUCUUGCUGAACAAGAAGCGGAGAUGGAGAAAGUUGUUCAGGAAUCGAAAAUAUUGCAACAAGAAGCAGAUGAAAAUUCGAAGUUACGGGAGUUUCUGAUGGACCGUGGCCGCAUUGUUGAUAUGCUACAAGGAGAAAUUUCCGUCAUUUGUCAGGACGUCAGGCUUCUGAAAGAGAAAUUUGAUGAGCGGGUUCCACUAAGCCAGUCAGUAUCUUCGAGCCAGACGAGCUGCAUCCUAGCUUCUUCAGGCUCAUCCAUGAAAAGCGUGGCACUCGAUUUAGUUUCAGAACGACUGGAGUUACUGAAGUCGCCGGAGAAGGUAAGCCCCGCUCCUUCAGUUGACGGCCUAUCACCAAAAAGCAUACUCGAACAGGAAAGAAGCAAGGCCGAUCGAAAGGAGCUUAUGGAUGACGGAUGGGAUGUCUUCGACAAAGACUUUGAUGUCUAAGCCUUAUACUACAUAUCAUAAGCUGUGAAUAUGAACAGUAUCAACUUCGAAGACGGAUGCAAUUUUUGUUUCAAAUUAAGUAGGAUUUAUAUAUUUUGAUAUAGAAUUUUGUACAGUGGAGAUUCAAAACAAUAAUAAUUUAGACUUGCCGAAUUUUGAAUAUA